AUGGAUCGGGACGAAAUGACGCAGCAGAUCUCGCCGACGGAGACCGUGAAUUUGAUCGACUUGCUGGCGGACUUCGCGGAGCGAUCGCGCGGGAUCGUCAUGCUGAUCAUGAAAUCACUGAACUACUACUCGCUGAAACUGAUCUCGUCGCACGCGCAGAGCCAAUACAAGAAGGGAUUGCUGCGGUUAUGGACGUGUUUGAUGGCGUACGACCCGCAGAUGCAGGAAGACCAUUUGCAGAACCUCACGCAGUUUUUGUUUUCGUUCCUGCGGCGCGACGCGGAGAUGCAUCCGAGCGACGAGGAUAUUUUGCGAGUGGAGUUUCUCUUGACGCUGGCGUGCUUCACGAAGAAUUCGGCGCGGAUUCGGCUCCGCGACAGCGAGGUGCACAAGCUGAUCACGAAGCACUUGCGGUCGCCGCUGUGGAAGCUCCAAUGCUGGACGUGCUUGCUGCUCUCGCAGCUGUGCUUCGAGUGUAACGAGCUGAAGGAGUUUUUGCUCAACGAUCUGCGGAAGAGCCUCGUGAAUCCGGCGCAGAGCAGCGACCUGCUCGAUCUGCUCGCGCAUCCGCAGCCCGAAGUCCGCGCCGCGGCGCUGCUGCUGCUCGAGUCGUUCGUGGGGUUCGGAAGCUCCGGCUACCAGGGCACGCGGAACAGUAUUCACGUGUAUCUGAACCACGACGAGCUGAACAAGCUGGUGGACACGGAGGACCAGUCCGCCAAGUUCGACCAGCUGCUGCUGAACCGAAUCUCCGAGCGGAUCUCGAUGAACCGAGAAGGUUCCGUUCUGGUGCGUCGCGAGCUCAUGCGCCUCAUCCUCAAAAUCUUCUGCCGUCGCUGCCACAUGGCGCACAUGAUCUGCUUCGUAGACCGUAUUCUAAAAGGAGAAAUGGAGGUCGCGCGGCUGCUGAACCUCCUCGACGAGGACAAGCACCCGACCGCCUCGCCGCCCUCCGACUUCAAUCCCUUCUACGUCAAGCACUGGAUCCUCUUCCUCUACCUCCGCGACGCCGAGCCCAACCUCACCAUCCGCAACGCCGUGUCCCACUACGUCUACGUCAUCUGCAAGAACGUCGACUACCUCAAAUCCAGCGGGACGCUUCCUUCUACUCGCUCCAUUUUCGACCUCGCUUCUGCUCUCAAGUUCAGCCAAGCCCGUCUCCACCGCUUCGCUCCCCACACUCCCCAUCCACGAGCCCACCCGCGCACCGCUCACCGACCUCCCGCUCAUCUCCACCUCCUCCCGCGGUUCCAGCUUCGCCUCCCGACACGCCUCCUUCCACCGAAACUCCCAGACCGCACACCCGCCCCUCACCUCCAUUUUCCCCAAUAA